AUGCUCCAUCAUGCCAAGUUGGACAAGUGCUUCUGGGCUGAAGCGGCAAUGACGGCAGUCUAUGUGAAGAACCGUUUGCCGUCACCCAAGAUUCCACACAAGACACCGUUCGAGAUUGUCUACAAUUCCAAGUCAAGUGUCAAGCACAUGCGCGGUUUUGGGUGCCACACUUACAUCUUAACUCUGAAGGAGAAACAACUCAAGCGGAAUCCCAAGGCACGUACUGGGUUAAUUUUGGGCUACGAAGAAAUGUCUAAGGCUUAUCGAGUUUAUGACAUUGAAGUGGGGCAGGAGACGAUAAGUCGUGAUGUCAACUUUGAAGAGUCAGCCUUUGGACUUUCUAUGCUGAUUUCCGAUGACGGUGUUGAUGGACAGGACGUCGAAUCCUUUGAUCUUGAUGAUAAAGAUCCGCUUCCUAGAUACUUCAAAAUGAAUAGGAAUGCGCAAGGCCUAACUCAGUCACGAAGAUGA